CUCACCUCCUCAAGACCCCCAGCCACCGAAUUGUCACGCACUACACCCGUCAACGAUGUUCCCUCUUCCAUUGCCACACACCCCCUCACCCACCGCAUCUGCCUGGUCCCGUACGUCGAUUCCAACCACACCUUCCAUUUCGAGCCAAUCUUCCGCGACCUCACAGACGGCGACACCCCCAUUCGCAUUGGUCGCUUCUCAGGUCAUUCAGCUUUAGAUGCCCAAUCCACGAACGAAAUUACCUUUGACACGCGUGUACUCUCUCGCCUCCAUGCAGAAAUCUGGUCAGAAAAUGGCAAGAUUUACAUCAAGGACACCAAAUCGUCAUCAGGCACUUUCCUCAAUCAUUUUCCACAUAAGCUGUCCAGGCUCUGAGAGCGCACCAUAUCAGCUCAAAGAUGGUGAUUUCGUACAGCUCGGCGUCGAUUAUCAGGGCGGCAUGGAUAAUUUCUACAAAUCCGUCAGGAUACAAAUCGAAAUCGGACGCGAUUUCACACAGCCCUGCAGUCAUGUUACCAACAAUGAGCUAUCUAGCGAUCACGGCGGCACAAACACUCAUUCCCAGGAAAGUCGCCAAGAGCCCGGCAGUUGUUCAUCAUUCAUCAAGGGCUAUAUUUCUAAAGGCAUUGCCCUCUGCGCCAAGCAUCAACUUUGGGAUGCCAUGGAAGCUUUUGAUCUUGCUCUCUCAUCUUCAAAUCACAAUCGAAUGACUGUCGAGAUCUUACUAAUUAAGGCUAUUGCGCUUUUCAACUCAAGUCGCCACAAUGAAGCGAUACGACGGGUUCAAGAUUUAGCCGCCGCCUGUCAGUCCUCAGAGACACUUCAGUGCCACAUAGUCGAUGUGAGUCCUACGUCAGGCCUAACAAUUUUUUUUUCAUUUUGAAUAUACUCGCCAGUCAUACCUUCAUGUGCAACGCGCAAUGAUUGUUUUUGAGGGUGGGCACUACAGCGAAGCCGCUGAUCAACUUACGGCCGGUAUUACUACUAUCGCUG